GCGAGUGCGUCGACGUCAGCUCAGAUCCAGUCCGAGGCCAGGGCCAUCCAGGGCGAGUUCGCUUCUGUACCUCCAAAGGAUGUAACCACGAAUGCUGCUGGAGCGAAUCCGACCGCCACCCUCGUCCAGGCGGCCAAGUCCAAGGCGCAGGGAUUUCAGCGGUGCGGCUGCUGCGGCCAACCAGGUCGCAAGCGGAACGGGUGUUCGUGCACAGGAGGCCAGACCCACAAGUGUCUGCUGGAGGAGGCCGGGUACCCGUCGCUGAACUUCGCGCAGAACUACCGUCCACCUCGUCGGAAGAACGACCAGCCACAAGCAGGCCUCCCCGAGUGCACGAUUCCCCGGUCGGCGAGCCCCGAGGUCAGUUGGCUGUGCAUGUCCGAGGUGAUCUACAUGAGGUGGAGGCGGAUGCUGUCCAAGGCCCUGAAGCAACUGGCGAACGAUCCGUCCUCGGAAUCCUUCGAGAUGCUGGACGACUCACCCGAGAAGGACCUGGACAUCAUGCAAAAUGCUGUCAACCAGUACGACCUGGACUACACGAAGGAGAUUGGCAACGACGUCAACUUCCUGUCCCGCAACGGCCGCUACGACUUGCUCGAGGUCUGCACGCCUCCGAAGUCCCGUCUCUCCCAGGCGGUGAUCGACCUAGGUGGAGCCGCCUUCCGAGCUGGGGUACACAACAGGUUCGACAUGGCGACGAAGACGGGAGUACGACGGCUCGCUCUGUGGAUUCGUCAACAUCGGCCUCGACGCAUCGUCAUGAGUCCUCCGUGCACCGCGGACUGCCAACUCCAGAACUGGAACCAGAAGACCCCAGAGGACCGCGAACGUCUACGUAAAAAGGUGCAACAGGCUCGUCGAAUACAAGCUGGGUGCGAGACCAUCAUGUCGGUCGGGCUCCAAUCCCGUGGGACCGAGAUCGACCUGGAACAGCCGCAGAGAUCCCAUAGCUGGGGACGUUCGGAGGCCCUGAAGCGCAUCAGGGAGCAGACCUACGAGACGCUGGUGGCUGGCUGUGCUUACGGCCUUCGCUGCCCCCACAGCGGCCUCCUCUUGCCCAAGGUCUGGAGGAUCUGCUCUACCGACCCCGAGCUGCAGAAGGCCAUCGGCAAACGCUGCAGUAAUCGCCCUGGUCGGCAUGACAACCACGAGCACGGUGAGAUCAUCGGGGGGAAGGUGGGAGUGGCUACAGCGAUCUACCCCGAGGCGUUGUGCAAAGCCUGGGCGAAGCACACUCUGCGUGCGGGAGGUGGUACUACAGCUGGAAUAUCAGCCCUCUUGGCGACGGACCAGGAUACUGACGACGGCAUCUUUGAGGGCAUCGACGCAGACGGCGACCAGGAGAUGGAGGACCAGCAGGUGUCAGACGAGGAGCUCGACGAGGAUGACCUCAGGGAGCUCUCCAAGGACGGUGGCACGCUGAGCACCAAGGAGGCCCAGGAGAUAGAGCACCGCCUCAGCCGACUUCAUCGCAAUCUGGGUCACCCCAGCGUCCGCACCAUGUUCAAGAUUCUCAAGAACUCGGGCGCGAGCAUCCAGGUUCUGAAGAUGGCCAAGAAGUUUAAGUGCCAUGCCUGUGACUCCUCGGUGCUGCCGAAGGCCGUCAGAACAGCUGCUGGCAUCGACAUUCCCGAGGUCUUCGAAGUGAUGGGGAGUGACGGCCUCGAGUGGACCGACCUUGUUGACGAAGCGACCUACCUGUUCACGCUGAACCUUGACGAGGGGUCUGGACUCACGCAGAUCUUCAACCACGGCGACAAGUCCCAGAGGCGGACUCUUACUAAGUUCAGGAAACAGAAUCACGACUGCGACAUCGACGAGGCCAUCAGCCAUGUCACGCAUGCGAUCAACGAUAUUGACAAGGCCGAGCGAAUGGUCGUGGAGCUCAACAACAUGGAGGGACGCGGGGCUACCAUGUCCGACUUGAUGGAGGUAGCCCGCCGCGGAACGUUCGAGGACCUCACCAACGAGAGCCGACCACACAUCCAGAACUUCGAACCACAGGCGAUCCAGCCGUCCGAGUCACCCGAGGGCAAUCCAACAGUCGAGGACCACGAUGAUGAGCUCUUCUCUCGGAUCACCUUCGACGGGAACCGGGGCGGCACCGACUUCGAGCUGAUCGACGAGAACAUGACGGUCUACUACGAGAUGGUCAAGUCCGAACUUGCGGACAGUCAGGGCGGGCGUCGUCUCACCUCUCAGAUGUUGGACUGCUUCGUUGCCAACCAGAAGCGGAAAGAUAAGAUAGAGUUUCACUGGGGAAAGCUUUCCCCCUCCGAGAAGACGGAGUUCCGCAAGGCCAUGAUGAAGGAGGUCGCCAACUGGAAGCAGUGCAAAGGUCUCCGCCGCGUACCCGUCUCCGAGGUAAAGGAUCCUGCGGACGUGAUCAGGUGCCGCUGGGUGCUGACGCGCAAGAGCGAUGGGACCGCAAAGGCGCGCCUCGUCCUCCUCGGCUACCAGACCAAGGACAUCGGACAGGAGCCGACCGCGUCACCAACGGCCUCGCGCCGCGCUCGGAAUCUGCUCCUCACGGUCGCGGCCGCCAACUCCUGGACCAUCGUCGAGGGCGACGUGACCAGCGCGUUCCUGCAGGCGAACGACCCGAAGAAGGAUCUCUUCGUGGAAGCCGACGAGGCGCUGUCCGCCGAGUUUGGCGUUCAACCUGGUCAAGUGCUACGCGUGGUGAAGCCGGGCUACGGUAUCGGCGAGGCUCCUCGCAAAUGGUGGCAGACGGUGAAGCAGGACUUCGCCAUGCUGGGAUUGCAGGCGUGCGAUCUCGAACCAUGCCUGUGGAGUCUACGCUGUCCUGAGACCAAGGCGCUGCUGGGGCUCAUCAUGUGCCACGUGGAUGACUUCAUCCUCUGCGAUGACCGAGAUCAUCCUGCAUGGCGGAAGGCGCUGAAGAGCAUCAAGGACCUUUACACGUGGGGCACCUGGGAGGACAUGGACGACGGGAUCGACUCCAUCGAGCAGUGUGGCGUGACGAUCGAGAAGAACGAGAAGGGUUUCUUCCAACACCAGCAGGGCUACAUUGACAAGCUGAAGGAGAUCUUUCCAAAGUACCCGAAGGCCAAGGGCAGCGACCGACUGACCGAGGCAUGCGACUUCACUGUCUUAGACUGGGGAUCUCGCAAGCUCAAGCGGGUUGCCAGGUCCAGCCUGUCUGCGGAGAUCCAGGAGGCCAGCGAUGCGGAGGGUGAGCAGAUGAUGGUUCGCCUGGUGCUCUACGAGGUGCUCUUCGGGUCGGUCGACUUCCAGAAUCGCGCUGCUGCUCUGCAUCACAUUCCAGGAGCUCUCGUGACGGAUUGCAAGGCGUUCUACGACGGGGUGGUGAAGUCUGAGUCGGCCGGCUUGGGCCUCGACGAGAGGAGGACGGCCAUAGAGGCGCUCGCCUUGCGACGGGCCCUCGAGGAGGGCGAGACGAUCGUGCGCUGGGUACAUAGCCAUGCCCAGCUGGCCGAUGGCAUGACCAACGCCAGCCAGCAGGCCUUCAAUGUGCUCCAUGCUUUCCUGAAGAGCCAGCGGUGGAAGAUCGUUCACGAUGAGAGGUUUCUUUCGGCUCGCAAACGGUCUGCCCUUGGUAAAGGGAUCUUCGACGAGACGACUGAGACCGACCACAGCGAGGCCAGGAAUAUCCUGGAAGGCCGGAGGCGGGUCCAGCCCCCGGCUCGCGACGUGGCCACGGCAG